CCUCGCUCUCCUGGGUUCGCUCUGGUGUUGCAGCAGGUGGAGCUGCGAGCCGAGGGGGGAAUCAUGGCCGCCUCGAAACCCGUGGAGGCCGCUGCGGGCGGAGGCGCCGGCGGCGGAGGGACAGGCUCGGGGCUGUCCCGCUGGCAGGUGGCCCUGGCGGUGGGGGCGCCACUACUUAUCGGGGCCGGAGCUCUUUAUCUGUGGGGGCGGCGGCGGCGGGCAACGCGAGGCGGCGGGAAAGGCGCGAGCGAGAGGAAGACCCCGGAGGGGAGAGCCAGCCCCGCGCCCGCAGACGGCUCGGGGGGCGGGCGGCCCGAUGGCGCCGGCGGAGACGAGAUGAGCCCUCUUGAUAGAGCCCAAGCAGCAAAGAACAAAGGCAACAAGUAUUUUAAGGCUGGGAAAUAUGAGCAAGCCAUUCAGUGCUAUACUGAAGCCAUCAGUUUAUGUCCCUCUGAGAAAAAUGCUGACCUUUCUACCUUCUACCAGAACAGAGCUGCAGCCUAUGAACAACUGCAAAAAUGGAAAGAGGUGGCACAAGACUGCACAAAGGCUGUUGAGCUUAACCCCAGAUAUGUGAAAGCUCUCUUCAGGCGUGCAAAGGCACAUGAGAAAUUAGACAAUAAAAAAGAAUGUUUAGAAGAUGUCACUGCAGUCUGCAUUUUAGAAGGGUUUCAAAAUCAGCAAAGUAUGUUACUAGCAGAUAAAGUUCUCAAACUUCUUGGGAAAGAAAAAGCCAAAGAGAAAUAUAAGAACAGGGAGCCCCUGAUGCCUUCGCCACAGUUUAUCAAAUCUUACUUCAGCUCUUUCACAGAUGACAUUAUUUCCCAACCUCUUCUUCGGGGGGAGAAGUCAGAUGAAGACAAAGAUAAAGAAGGAGAGGCAUCUGUAGUAAAAGAAAACUGUGGCUAUUUAAAGGCAAAGAAAUAUAUGGAAGAAGAAAACUAUGACAAAAUCAUCAGUGAAUGUACGAAAGAAAUUGAGGCUAAAGGAAAAUACAUGGCUGAAGCCUUGCUGUUGCGGGCUACAUUCUAUCUGCUGAUUGGUAAUGCAAAUGCUGCCAAACCAGAUCUCAAUCAGGUUAUUGACAUGGAAGAUGCCAAUGUAAAGCUUCGUGCUAAUGCCCUCAUCAAGCGAGGCAGUAUGUAUAUGCAACAGCAACAACCUAUGCUUUCCACUCAAGAUUUUAACAUGGCUGCUGACAUUGAUCCUCAAAAUGCAGAUGUUUAUCAUCACAGGGGGCAGCUGAAAAUCCUGCUUGACCAAGUUGAAGAAGCUGUAGAAGAUUUUGAUGAAUGUAUCCGUUUGCGGCCAGAUUCUGCCUUGGCACAAGCACAAAAAUGCUUUGCAUUGUAUCGACAAGCUUACACUGGAAAUAAUGCUUUACAAGUACAAGCAGCAAUGAAAGGCUUUGAAGAUGUUAUUAAAAAAUUUCCAAGAUGUGCUGAAGGCUAUGCACUGUAUGCCCAGGCAUUAACAGAUCAACAACAAUUUGGAAAAGCUGAUGAAAUGUAUGAUAAAUGUAUUGAUCUUGAGCCAGAUAAUGCUACUACUUAUGUUCAUAAAGGUUUACUUCAGCUUCAGUGGAAGCAGGAUUUAGAUAAAGGUUUGGAACUUAUAAGCAAGGCCAUUGAAAUUGAUAAUAAAUGUGACUUUGCGUAUGAGACGAUGGGGACAAUUGAAGUGCAAAGAGGCAAUCUGGAUAAAGCCAUUGAAAUGUUUAACAAAGCUAUUAACUUGGCCAAAUCUGAGAUGGAGAUGGCUCACCUCUACUCACUCUGUGAUGCUGCCUAUGCCCAGACAGAAGUUGCAAAGAAAUAUGGAUUGAAACCACCAACAUUGUAAAGAAACACCAGAGGAGGGAAAUAAUCUUUUUAAAAGUAAAGCUGCCCAGUUUGACCUUACCUAAAGACACUGAUGCAGUGUGUUGGAUGGUGGUUUUUUUUCUAUUUGUGGUGGUGUAGUUAUCUGUUAAAUGUUUAGGUGUUGUGAGAAUGGCUGUGCAAGAAAGGAAGCAGUUUGUUCCCUCCACAGCAAAUAAUUGUUAAAAGGAGAUUAAAAAACAAGAGUUUGCAAGGGGAUCAAAUGAUUAUUUUGGCCAUGCAAAUAAAAACCUUUUUGACUCAUGUUUUGACGGUGGCUGUUGUGACUGGUUCUAUCUGCAAGGAUGUUUUAAAAAUUUAAUAGGAGUGUUUGAUUUUUUUUAUGCCAUGUGAAUCCCUUUGGAUUGAUUUUAGCUUUGCAAAAGGCAGUUGCAGAAAAGUUUAAUAACAGGGAUUUUAAAUCAGUACAUGCAGCGUAAUCUUUGAAUAUAUGUGUCACAUACACACUCCCUGUCCCAUUUUCUGUUUUGUUUAAGAUUGUAGUGACAGCUUUGAAGAAACUGAAGUUCAGAGUAUACUGUGUUCUACUGAAUGAUUUGUAAUAUCUGUUUUAAAAGACCCGUACAGGUCAACUUCAUAACAGAAUUCUCCCACGGGUUCUUUUUUCCAAUUUGCAUGUGCCCUGAAAGAGCUUGAAUUAUCAAGCCAUUUUUCAGGAAAGAAAAUUUUCCUUUGUGUAGACAAUUCCUGAACUGGAUGCAGGCUGUUCAGGUUUAGUAUGUAUUUGUACAUUUGUAACUUGUAUGCAGAAGGAAAGAGUUUUGAACCCUUCCUGGGAAAUGAUCUAUCAUUGGAAACUGUAGCAGCUACUACUUGUACAAAAAAUAAUCUUUUCUAUUAUUGGUGUUACAAAGUACAAGUUUGGAGCAUUGUUAUCCUUUUAUAGGAAGUCUUCUUUACCAGUCCUCAAGUGUUUGAAAAUUUAGGAAGCUAUGUAAUCUGGUCCCAGUUGCCCUAUUCUUACCUGCUGUUGAAGGUAAUCCAUAACUCUUGUAAAGUUGUCCUAUGUUACAAGGAGUUCAUUGUAUGAUGCAGAUGUGUAGAUUUCAUCUGCAUUUAUUAAACCCUGGCCUACGUUUUUGCCCCUCUUGCUGAUACAAUGCAUCCAAUGGCUUACACUUUUUGGUUUUUUUGCUGAAUGAAGAUUGGAGUCAGGAAAACUUAACCUUUAUUGUAUCUUCAGCUGCUUCAAAUCUCUUUCUAGAAAUAAUGUGACUAACUGGAGAUCUUUUUCAUCCAUUCUUUAACAUAAAUAGCUCUUCUAAAUCCCCGUACCUCCUAAUUUUGACUACAUCAUGUGUUUUUUUUUCCAAAGGGGUUUUUAUUUGCGUGGCUUUAUCUACACUAUUUCUUUUCUCCUGAAAACAAUUAAGAACUAAGCAUGUGCUGUCUGAUACUAGCAUUCCAAAUCACCACAGACUGUUGCCUGUUCUUCAGAUAUUUGAAAACUGCACUGAAAGAAUGCAUUUGUUUGUUAUUUUUUUGUAAAUGACUUGCCACAUGUAAAGUCAUUAAAUAAAUACUACAGUCAAA